CGUUUCGGUCGAGAUGAAUUGAGAAGUUCAUUUCCGCCGCGCCAUUUUGUUAAGUGUGGUAGUAAUAGUAGUUAUCAAGGCUUAGGCCUAAGUUUUAGAAAUUAGCCUUCUGUGUAACAUAGUGCUACACGUUUUAUUAAUUCCAGUCUAAUUUUGCACCAUCUUAUUUUUUCAUUAUAAGCCAUUAGUGUGUAGUCAACCUCCUCCAAUUUGUGGCUAAACUUACAGGAGGAAGCCAUUAUGAACAAUAAACAGAUGUCCACACUACAACAGCAGAGGAAGGUUGUAGAACAGCUACGCCGAGAAGCUUCCAUUCGAAGAGUGAAUGUUUCUGUGGCCAUUGAAGAUUUGAAGAAAUACAUUCAAGAACAUGAAAAUGAUGACUAUCUGCUUGUGGGCUUCCACUCUCAAAAAGCCAACCCUUUCAGAGAAAAGAGUUCCUGUACAAUACUCUGAUAAGGAUUUAUAUUUUUUUGAUCUCCUGUUCUUCAGCAUAGCUAUAAUGAAAAAUAUAAUUAUGUCCAUAAAUGACAUAACUAAACAGAAUGUACAGUUUUUUUCUUAUUGGAACUUAAUCCUUAUUGGUUGGACCUUCACCUAUCAGUUUCCAAAUGUUUCAGUUCAAUAAAAAGAAAACUUUCCGUUAAAGAGCUUGGGUUGUAGAACAGGAGAUCGAUUUCAUAUGCUGUUAAGCAGCUACAUUUUUGCAGUAAUUUCUUAUUUUCUGUUUCAGUUUGAAAGCUCAAACUUACCUGGCACUUAAUGAAGGAAGUUGGUCUGUAAUAAUUAACAACAGAUAUUGUUAACAAAAGAUAUAAUGUUCUGUAUAAUAAUACAAAAAUAUCAUGUUUAUUUCAUUAAGUUAAAUGUUUUCACAAACCUUGCCUAACAGGCACUGCCAUGUGUAAGGUGUUUUCUUUGAGUAAUUGCAAACAACUAUUAAACUUUUGUUACUGUUGGAAACUUAUUGCUGUCCAAUAGCUACAAAAUGCCCCAAUAUAAUCACAUUUGAGAGUUUUCAUAAAUGUUUACCCUAUAAUGAUCUUCUUACAUGUGAUUCCAACUGUAGUUGUAGUCACUUCUUUUGUUGUUAUGAUUAGGUUGAUUGUAGUAACAUUAUAACCAGUUGCACACUUUACACAGAGACUAAUGGUGUGCAGAAGAUUGAAUCCAGUGGUAGUUUAACAUUCAGUUGAUCAAGUCUGCAGGAUUUCACUGGAAGUUUCUGAGCAAGUUUUAAGGAGAAAGUUAAGAAAGUGAUUAUUUCAGCAGCAUUUUAAUGUGUUGACUUGUGGUGGCCCAGGCUCUUAACUUACAUGAAAAAAAGGAAAAUUCAAAUAGCAGUACAUCAUACAUCAGGAAAAUUAAGAUGCAUUUAAAAUGAUGUUGUCAACAAAAGGUGAACUGUCAGGCUUCUUCAGUGUGUGUUAGUUGUUUAGAUUGCUAUUUUCAGAGAAAAUCUUAAGUUGUUAAAUAUACUUUCCUUAAUAUAUAAUUUUUUAGCAUUGCUAAUAGAUUCCCAUAAAGUAGUGCUGAUUCUUCAGACAACAGUAUCAGACUUUAUGAGGUUAUUAAUCUGACCUAUGUAAAUUCUAAAAACAAUGAUUUGUGAAUCUGUAAUUACCUUUUUGUCUGUAGAAGGAAAUAUUUUUAGAAAGGAAAGUGGUGCUUUGGAGAACGAGUGUGUUGACCAGCCUUAACAUUCUGUGUUGGCUUAUACAAGGUACAAAAUAACUAUCAGCUAGCAUGAACAGAAGUUGUCAUAUGAUGAGAAUCAAGUAUAUACUUGUUCUUAAAAUUUUUGUUUUUCAAUUUUUAACAGUGGCAGAUACAUCUCAUGUUUUUUACAAACUUCCAGUGACAAAGCCCAUUUGCUUAUCUUUUCUGCAGUGUUGCAACAAUCCAUUAGUGUCUUGUUAUCUUUAAAUAAGCUUGGAAGUUAGUUCUACCCAUUGUGAAUAAAAUUGUGUGGCCAAGCUGAAAUGUUGCCAAAUCUAUAUAUCUAAGUGUAAGUACUCAGCCUGUUUGACUACUGUGCUGUUACUAGAAUUGUAUGUAUUGAUGUGAAAAGCGCUUGUGUUGGACAGCCACGGAAGAGCCCCACCGUGACUGUCAUACCUUGUGCUUUAUAACUGUUACGUAUUUUCAUCUUUGUAUGGUCUAGUGUAAGGUAAUAAAUAGCUUGACAUCUAUUA